CUCGAUCGUCUCACUUCCACCAUCCAGCCGUAGAGCGCCGAAAUCCAGAAUCCGAAUUCAGUACAAACGCGACGCCAGCAUCCUGCGGAUCGGCAUCCGUCCAGACGUCGGAUCCAGGUCACGCCCACUAAUUCGCUUUGGCUUUCAUCAUUACCCUGCUGGUUCUUUCUCAUAAUUUUGUGCUAAAAAUUACCUUCAUUCUUCAAUCCUCGAUAUAGUGUCCAAAAACUAUCGAAUCUGGAAAUUUCCAGAUUAAACAUUAGAAAUGAGCUCAAUAGUCAAUGUAAUGAUUGUAAUAACGCCAAAUCAUAACCAAGUGGCAUGAAUAUAGAAAGUAGAGAUUAGUUAUUGGGAAAACGAACCAGAAUCAUCAAAAAAAAGUGUUCAAAAAACAGUGUUCUAGGUCGAUACUAAAUCUAAAACAAUAAAGGGGCGUGGCUGUUGGAUUUUGAAAAUAAUUUAUUUAAAAUCCUGGACGUUUAUUAGGCGACUAAUUUUGGAAUUCACUUUUUCAUCUCAAGAUGAAGAAUAUUAUACCAUUGAUUGUGAUUUUCCUAUUCACCACAGCGCACGAAAGUGAUUGCUUCCGGCUGACCAAUAUGACGGCACCGCCGGUCCAAGAUCCACGAUCCGAGAUGCGCCUCCACUGUCGAUUCGACAUGGGCGGAGAGGAACUUUAUGCUGUUAAAUGGUACAAAGACGAUCACGAGUUCUUCAGGUACACCCCUGCAGGCGAAGACAUGGUUACAUUUCCAGUACCAGGAGUAGACGUAGAUGACAGAGAGUCCAGGUGUAACAGGGACAGUUGCGAUUUACUUUUGAUCAAUUUAAAGAGGCCUCAAAGUUCUGGAGCUUACAGAUGCGAAGUUUCUAGCGAGGCACCUGCUUUUAGAUUGGCGUCUGAGACACAUAAUGUUACAGUAGCAGCUCUACCUGAAGAACCUCCAGUGAUAGAAGGUCUCAAGAGCGCAUAUUCUUUGGGAGAUUCCUUGGUUGCCACGUGUACUUCGGGUCUUGGAGAUCCCAGACCAGAUUUGAAGUUUUACAUAAAUAAACAGUGGGUGACCAGUGCUUUUAUCCGCGAUGUCAGCCCUGAAACAAUCUACCAAGAUCCAGAGACCGGUAUCCAGCUGCGCAGAUCAAAAAUCCAGCUACGAAUGAUUAUGAAUAGUAAAAUCGGCGGUGCCAAUAUUAACUCACAAAGCGACUUAUCUUGCGUGUCUUCGAUAGAAGGUCUGGACCCGAACGCUGCGCCUCCUGUGACUACGACGCGUACUUUUACCCUAAUUGAUCACAGUCAGGAUGUGAACAAUGAAAAGUUGUUGGCCGAAGGAAUGUCCGGAUCUGAGUCGCACGGAUUUUCGUUGUAUAUUGUUUUCUCGCUCACACUGCUUAAUUAUUUAUUGCUCUAAUUGACUAAGUAUGUCAAUUUUUAAUUAAUAAUUAAUCAUUAGGGAAGUGUUUACACACCAUAUCACCGUAUCCUAAUCUAGAAACACGUUUAGACCAAAGUUUUGUAUGUGAUAAAUGUGGUUUUAUCAGAAAUGGAUUUUUUUCUACUGAAAAGACUGAUGUAAUGUUGGAGGGUUUUAAUUGAUAUUCGAUUGGGUUUUUCGUUGAUUUUUUUGAGAUAUUAGUGCUUUAGGUAUGAAAAUUUAGGCUUGAGGUAAUUUAUUGGUCAAAAAUUCAAAAGUCAAUUAAACAUCACUUAACAAAAUGUUCAGACAACAUCUUCCAGAACUGUAGAAUUGUUUGAGCUAAUUUAACUUAACAGAAAAGCUAGAGCAUUAGAAUCUCAAUUUAAUUAAAAAUUACUUGAUUUUAAGUUUUUUUUUUUUUCAAUACAGGUUUGUCGUUGUGGAAGCAAUCUCAUAUCUCAGAAAUGGCUUAAAAUGUUUUUCAAAACAUUGCUUUACCAAAUACUUACUGCAUAUUAUAUUAGGUACCUUACUUUUUUACUUAUACUUACAGUGGUAGUAAAUUAUCUUAUAUAGCCCAAAAUCGAUUGACUGAAAAUGAAAAAGUAGUUCUACACAAAACAACAAAGUUAUCUGCAGUACCUUCCCAGUACCUUUUAGCAAUGUUUUUUCAAUUUUCUAAACACAACCCUGUAUGUAGCUAUAUUUCUCACAUGGUGCUGGUUUCUUUAUCAACGGCUGGAAUUUAAUUAUCGUCACUUUUAUUUGAAACCAGAAAUUUAAUUUUCACCACAUAAUAUAACUUAUUUUUGAUUGAGUCCAAGUUGAAAUGAAAACUAAAAUAGUACCAAAUACGUUUUUGGAAGCUAUUUUAGUUAUACAUACCUAGUAUAUCAACCUAAACGCCAGAAGAUAUAAAACUUGAAAAAACUAAGAAUUUAGAAAAUUUAAUAUUUUAUCCAUUAGCUAGGUACUGAAAAAAUAUCUCCUUCAAUAAAUAUUGAGCAAGCUAAAAGGAGAGGAGUUAUAUUAUUAUUACCUACUUAUACACUACCUAUACUAUAUACUAGUGGGAGACCUAAAUUCUAAAAUAGUCCACAAGCAAGAAGAUUCGGAGUUUGUAUAGUUGGUCCUCACAGACGGUGGCGGACUGGCACAGUAGAACUAGGUCGGCUUCGCUCACCUUAGGGGCCCGCGCCCGGUAAUAUUGGGUCUAUAUCUUUUCAAGGGCAUAACGCAUUCUGCACCAUAAAAAAUUGUAAAAACUUAAUAACGGUUACAGUUCGGGUUAAAGUUAAAUAAAUGAUAAAAGUGUUGCUUAAUAGGGUAAUGGUAAUAAUAUAUAGCCAUUAUGUUGCGGUCAUAAGCUCUGCGCAACCGCCUCGCAGACUACUGAACUCAGCGCAUGUGACUUUUGGGCACGUUUGUUGCGCCCCAGCAAUAUAUGUAUGACUGGGCUGCUUGUGAAGUGUGAUGGUCCCCAACACUUGGGCGUAAUGGACAACUUACGUGCACAGAAACACUAGUUGUCCACCCCGUCGGACGUGGUUACGCACACCACCCCGCUUAGAGCGGGUGCAACCUAAAAAUACAACUUGUCUUGCGUAACGUCAUAAACACACGCAAAAGUUACAAGACCUAUCUAAACUGACGCAGUGAUAGGGGUGAGAACAUAGAAACAAUACGCUAAUCUCGAUAAUAUACGAUAAGCAUGAGUAAAUGCGCGCCCAGCGCCGGCCAGCGGACUCAGUUUGUGCAUAUGACGUCACAGUGCUAUGAGUGGGAACUUUAUACCACGUAUCUUCGCAACGGUUGGUCAUAGCCUAGUGCGGUUUGAAAAUCCAUGUAGUCUACAUGCACCAUAUUCCUUGUGUUCGGGGUCAUGAAUCCCCUUCCAAGUCAAGUUACGGACUCGGGCUGUCACACCCUCCCAGCUUUAUGGAGCUAGAGUUCGCCUCGUUGCCAAGAAUUCUGGGAUAGUGGCGAUGGAGUGGCUCUGCUGUUCUGCUUAACUGGUCAGGACAAAACCUUCCAUAAGGUAAGACUGUAAGACACCUAGCCCCCUCUGUUGCCAGAGUACUCGUUCGAACGAGACGAGUCGCCAUUCGGUUCUUUGACAUAACAUUCUGUGGGAGAAGCUCAAGAGCUUUGCCCAACAUUCCGAAUGGCCUAAGCACUGACGAAAGUGGGAUCGGUCAGGAGUUCAACUCCCUGGGGCCCUUGCGAGAUAGUGGAUACAACGAUUCCGAGUUCCCGCGUUGCCAGACUUCAGUGGAUAUUCUGGAAAACAGAGACGUACCUACCAACUAUUUUUAGAGCAUAUUUUUAUAUGCGAUUAUACAAACGAGGGCCCCUAUGAAAUGGGGGCUCGGUCGGCAUUUGCCUACCAGCCGACCUAGCCAGUCUGCCACUGCUCACAAAUAUGGAGAUAGGAACGAAAAAGGUAAAACCCUCAGAAUUUCUUCUUCAACGGGGGCUAUAUGUCAUAAGCACCUAUUUUAAAAAAAAAUGGACUUGGCAUGAACAAAGAAAUUGACUUUAUAAUUACAUACUACCAAAAAAGAGGUUGUUCAAGACGUAACUGUGUUAACCCGAUUCGCAACCGGCAGUGACUACAUCGAAGAUAGUCUUGCACGUGAAGAAGGAAAGAAGAAAUAUGGUAGCAAGGACAGAAAAAGUCAAAUACCUACACUCCAAUUACUAGCACAAGGAUAUACCGGAAAGAAAUAGAGAGUACUUAAAUUACAAAAUUAUGUGCAAGAUGAAACAAUAUCAGUGGAGGUAUCUACUAAAGAAGCUGCAAGAGAAAUGUGGAGAUAGUCAACCAAGGAAAUCUAAAAAACUUACCGAAGACACAAGAAACUUAACGCAAAUAAGAAGAAAAAAAGAUGAACACAUAACGAACGAAAACCUAAAGAGUUUGAACAAAACGAUUUCAAAUGCCAUUAAGGAAAGUUAUACAAUAAAGAAAUAACUAAUAUUAUAGAACGAAACAAAAGCCUGACAGUGGUAAAACGGAAGUUGAGAGCAGGAAAGAAGAAUAUUCACACAUUGGAAAAUAAGCAAAGACACAUCAUACAUGAACAAGAGGAGAUUCUGAAAACCAUUGAAGAGUAUUAUAAAUGAUUAUAGUCGAAGCGGGAUGAUUCCAUCCAAGAUGUAGAGAUUCCAGUAAUACAGAAUCAAGGGUCAGAGGAACGUCUAGAUAUAAGUGAUAUAACCGAAGAGGGAAUUGGAACAGCCAUAAAAUGCACGAAGAACGCAACAGAACCCCUGGAGAAGAUGAUAUUGUAACAGAAAUGAUGAAACUGGGAGGUAAAUGCGUCAUGAAAGCCCUAAAAACUCUUUAUAAUAUUCUUGCAUAAAAAGGGAAGCAUGAUAGAAAUUGGAAACUAUCGUUCUAUCAGACCUAUCGAUCUUAUUUAUAUAAGCUUUUUAGGAGAAUAAUUACUAAAAUAAUGGGAUCUAAGCUAGCUUUUCACCAACCACUAGAGCAAGCCGGAUUUGGAACAAAUGUAAAAGGAAAAAGGAAGGAAUAUCUACCUAAAUCUGGAUCUUACGUGCAAACAGCAAGAAACUGACAAACGGAUCUGGAGCGAAUUUAAUGACCGAAAAUCCAAAGGCGAGAAUGGCUUUCGAAUAAGGUACACUGGGGGUGUUCCGCGCAUUGUAGACAUUCAGGGAAACUGAACACGGACGGCCAGCGCCCUAGCCGAUUACCUAAACUCAACAUUUAUUACCAGAAUGCGGGUGACUUGCGAACAAAGCUCACUACUCUCACAUGUAACGCCGCUUUGCAUAACUACAAGGCUAUAAUGUUAACGGAAACCAACUUGUCUGAAGACAUCUCAAACACGGAGCUGGACUUGGGUGACUAUUUCAUCUUUAAGAAGGAUCGCUCGGGUGAAACAAGCAACAAGAAGUGUUUGGGGGGAGUUUUGUUGGCCAUACAUAGGUCAGUCUCCUGCAGUACCUUCCCAACUACUGCACCUCUUGAGCAAGUUCAUGUAACCAUUGUAAGGUUCAUUCUUGGCUGUGUGUACCUACCUCCAGAUUCUAAAUUUGAACUCUACUCAAUGGUUGACGACACAGUUGAGGAGUAUCCAGAAGCUGAACUGUGUGUGGCUGUUGACUUCAACCUAAGACCAGAUGGACUAACAAGGACAUUGCGCAGUGAGUAUUCCUUCUGAUGAUGAUUAUGUCUCACUUCAAGUAAUUCAAAAAAUUGCUACAAUCUCAAAUUCUUGUGCUUUUCAUAACUUUUUUCAGAAUAAUUUUAUUCAUAAUGCAAAUGGAGUUUUUCUCGAUUUAGUUCUGUCCCACAAAACGCUAAGCGUUAAUUAUUGUGAUCCUCUGGUUCCCAUUGAUGAUCAUCCAUCAUCCACUCCUUUGCUUUGACUUGCCUAUCCCGCAAUCAUGUUACACAUCUGUACUAGACCCGAUUGCUAUUACUAUGAUUUUAAAUCUGCAAACUUUGUAUCAAUAAACAAUUACUUGGGUGCUUUCUGCUGUUAUACAAUUUGGAUGUAGAUUCCAUGUUAAUGGCGAGCGGUAUAUUGAUGGUGUUUAUUUCCUUGAGCGACUACCUAUAAAAUUCUGGAGGGGGUCUAUUGGCAAAAGAGAAACAAACUAUUGAGGUUUACUAAAUUAUAUUUUAUUAUGCUUAAAACCAAAAUUAAAAUAAGCAAAUAUCUUUCUAUGUCUGAUAGCCACUUCUAUUUUUCCCAAAUCAAAUAUUUCACAACCAUACAAAUUUCAUUACAGGAAAUAUCCAUACAAAAAAAAAACACCCUACUUCUUCUAUUCUUAAUAACUUAUAAGUUUAUACAUUACAACACUUCCGAUUCACAUUCCUAUUGAAACUACCCUUCACCUAUAUCUAUAAAUUCUUAAAACUCCUAAGUCAUUUACUGACUGCUUAUGCAAAAUAAUUAUUUAAGUCAUAAUCCGACUCACUGGAUUAAGUAUAUAUCCAUUACCAACUAUAUUUUUAUAAAAACCUUACAAUAAUUUCUACAUGAAAAAAAAAAACCUAAUUCAAAAUUCUUUAAUACUUAAGGUCAUCAAUGGUACUUUAUGAACAACUCUUUUACUUUUAGUGGUUCCCAUCCUUCACUAAGGAUCAUUUUGAACAGAACAAUUACUAUACUCGGAUUCCUAGCCAACAAACACAAUUAUUUAAUUAUUAAUUCCUACUCAAAAUCGAAUAUUGUUAAGAGCAUUAUAAUUUUCCUUUGUUAAUUCUUUGCAAAAUUAAUUAAAAUGUCAUUAUACUCGAAGGCAAUUAAAGUUAUGCAAUAAAGUUUUUACAGUCAAAUUACUCAAGUUUUUAUGCAUUAAAGUUUCAAUGUCAUUUCACUUCUUAUCAUUCCGAAUCAUUUAUAAAGUCAAAAAAAAACAAUACUAAUCACUAGAGUACUUACAUUUAAAUUGUCGUCACCCGAUAAAAUACUUAAUUAAUUUACUUCAAAAAAUUCACCUCAAGCACGCACAUAAUGUUGAACGAAUUUAAAUGUUCUUUCUUUCACAAUUUUCCGUUACUUUUUCAAAGAUUCAAUCAAACGCGUUUUCCCGAGGCAAAAAUAAAAGAAACCCUUCGCGAAUUUUAUCCGGACUGACUCAUUAGGUACUGUAGACUUUUAAUUCAAAACUGGACUGAACUAAAAACUUAACUGAUUCUUCUAAAAUCGCUAUAUUUAUAUUAUUUGAUCCCCCAAAAAUUUCUUUGUCCAUCAUUCAUUAACCUUCCUUUUUUAUUUGUUUAAAAUCGAAUAAUUAUGUCGCAAUUUCCUGGUUUAUCGGGGUCAACAGAUUUCGUAUAAGAAUGUGAGGACAUAUAACUCAAAGAAUACCGAUACACGUGUUGACGUCUCGGCCAUAUAUCACCGAUUUAAUUACUUUGGCCUCGCUUUUAAUAUUCUUAUGGAUUUGAUUUAUUUAGAUAAUGACUAAAUAAUAAGAAAUUAAUCGUUUUUAGAUAUUUUAAUUAAUUUGGGUCAAUUUUUGUUGGCUUCAUUUUCAAUUCAUUGAUACUGAUGUUAAUUAUUAGAGAUUCAUUUUUUUGAUUAUUUGUUUACAUUUAAUGUUUUUACAGUAAAGACAUUGUAAAUUACGGGUCUAUUUCCCCGGAUCAUUACACAUGCACAUGUUAGAUUAAGUUUGAUCUAUAAUUUCAUCAGUGUUAAAAAAUGGCACUGCCGUCAAUAAAUAAAUAAAUGACCACCUCCAAGGGAUAAAAUCCUUGAUAGAGAAAGUUGUAGGACACAACAAAACCAUUGAUUUGUGGACUUUGAAAAAGCUUUCGACUCAGUCCAGCAUAUAGCUCCAUGUUAAAGUCUCUUACAGAGUUCAUAUUGACCAAAGCUGCAUAUAACCCUUCCUCAGAAUAUAUAGCUGCAGUUAGAAUGUAUCAUGGCGACAACAUCUCUCCUGCUUUGUUACAAAGCGCCAUGAAAAACGACAAUUGGAAAAAUAUCGGAGUAAUGGCAGGUAUUUAAAAAAUCUGAGGUUUGCAGACGACAUUGUUCUUAUUACAGACAGGAUAGAUCAUGCAUGUCAGCUACUCCAGGACCUCCAAAGUACUUGUGCACGUGUUUGGCCCAAAAAUCAAUUUCUCCAAAACACAGUUCAUGGCCAUAAACAUUUCAACGUAUGGCAAGCAAAUAGAACAAGUUUAUUCCGAUAAAUAUUUGGGCCACGAGAUUAAAUUAGGAAGAGACCACACAGAAUUGAACAGGAGAAUAGGAUUGACAUGGGCAGCUUACGGAAAACGAGGGAUGUCUUUAAAUCAGAUAUUCCCAUUUGCUUGAAGAGGAAGGUGUUUGAUCAAUGAGUGCUUCCAGUUCGAACAUAUGGAGCAGAAACAUUGACUCUAACCGGAAAAGUUGUAAACAGAACCCAAGUGGCGCAGAGGGCAAUGGAGAGAUCAAUGUUGAAUAUCUAUAUCCCUCAGAGACAAAGUUCCAAAUCAUAUCAUCAGGAAGAGAACCGGGGUUGAAAGAAUUACAACGCUGAAAUGGAACUGGGCAGGUCAUGUUACCAGAGUCAGAGAUGUGAGAUGGACUAGGAAAAUACUAGAAUGGAGUCUUAGACACGAUACACGAUGCGUAUCAUAACCGAGGAGGUCCCCUCACAAAAUGGUUGAACGACAUCAAAGUGCAUCCAGCCUAACUAGAUGCAUGGUGCUCAAGACUAGAGGCAGUUGAACCAUUUACGGGAGGCCUGUGUCCUGUGUCCAGCAGUAGACUCGAAACGGCUGAUGAUGAUGAUGAUGAUGAUGCUGAUAUUAUUAACAAAUUGACAUUUGUCAAAUAAAUUUCUGUUGAAACAGAGAAACAUUUACCUCUCGAUAACAACCAAACGGCAUAAGUUAUUAAAAAAAUUACAGAAAUACUUUUCAUAGCUUGAAGUUCCUAAGGCAAAGCCCUGAUUUUCAAAAAUGCAGUAAAACAAUUCAAUUGUAAAUUUUGUCUGAUAAAAUAGCAAUUGAUUCUUGGAUGCAAAUCGCUCCAUAUCAUUUUCCAACCUUUGAUAAAGAAUACCACAAUCUGUGAGAUGUUUUUUUAAUUGUUCUUUACUUUUACAAUUAUUAUUUGGAAGAAUGUAAAAUAAAAAUAUAUUUAAGAAGAAUGAAUUUAUAACCAAAACCCAGAAUUAAAUGCUAGAUAUACUUCACACACUUUUAAGGGCGGUUUAACUCUCAGUUAAUUUGUGCAAACUGUUUUGCGCAAGCCCUUUUGUACAAAAUUUGUGCAAAUCUAUAAAAGUAUAUUAUUUAACGAGCGUACGUAUAAUGUACGCUGUCACCAUUAACAGACGUAGAUGAACAUAAUCGGAAUUCAAAAUACUACUCAAAUUUGGUGCAAAAUUUUAUUGGCUGCUUCCAUGUUAUGGAAUACGUAUAAAAAAAAAAUAUUCCACGGGUGUGGAAUAUGAGAUUCAUAUUCCACAGAUGUGUAAUAUGAGUUACAUUAUGUAGUUACUAUCGUAAUACACUCAACCAUAACAAUCGUCAAAAUUAUCAGGGUAUUUUGACUUAAGUACGUUUACACUGUCAGAUAACUGCACCAAUCUCAGUUAAUUUUCAAGACGAAACAGAUUCCGCACAAGCCAAAUUUUUGAACUGCGCAAAUCAAUGAUUUAUUCUAUUUACCUACAUUUAACGAUUUACUUGCACAAUCCGAUUUGCACAAAUCAACCGAGAAUUAAACCGCCCUUUAAAGCCUCUGUUUCUUCAUCAACGAUUAUUAUAACUUCAAACGCUGGUUUAAACAAAUAAGCUUAAGACCAGAAAAAAAAAAGUUUUGAUAGAGAAACUAGUCAUUACCGAACAGAUGAAAAUACUUUCAAUUGGAGCAAUUUUCCUACGCGCGCAACAAUUUUUUUUAAUUGUAAAUAGUUUCAAAACAAUGUAAAUAAUUCGACUACUGUUGGCAAUAAAUAUACCGAGUCUACUCUACAAGUAGUUAUUUUAUGUAAGUAACUGUAGAUCGUGUACUAACUUUUAAAAAUAAUACUUAUUGACGGUCGCUUAGGGCAACAAACAUUGAAAUAAUAGUCUUCUUUUCCUAAUAUUUAAGAAACAAUGAUGUAUUGGUACUUUGCUCAGACACUUUAAAAAUUUGUUUUUAUUAUUUUGCUCUAAGUGGCCUAAAGUUAUUUUUGCACCAGGGUUUUUGUACAGCACGAUAUAUGAAUAUUUUUGAUGUUGAAAAUCUAGCUCAAUUUUAAAUGUGCAAGUUUCCUAUGUUUUUUUGACCCUUAAUGUUGACAUCUUAGAUAAAUGAAUAAAAUUUGAAUUUAAAGUUUUCGAAAAGUUUUCAACGCUUUGUGGAUUUACUUUUGAACUUAGCUAGGUAUUAUAUAAUUCAAUUAAGUAUGUGCUCUCUUACUAUAUAACUUAAUUUCAAGUAUAGGGUGGGCCAAUUUGGACACUUAAUGUGUUUACAAAUAGCAAAAGAUUAUUUUUUUCCCCAAAAACUGUUAGGGAUAAAUUCUAUGUUAUCCGCACCAAUAAAGAUUUCAUGAAAUUUGAGCUUCAAAGUGCAGGGCUUUUUUUUUACAUUAAUCUCAAAGGAUGAAAAAGAAGCGAAAUACGUAAUUUCAUCCGUUUGUCAGGUGUUUAUUUAAUAAUAAAUCUAUCAUCGAUUUACAUUUUCAAAUAUUAUUUCCAAAAUUAUAAAAAAUAUUCGUUCCAUAAGGACUCAAGUUUGUUUGACUACUUCGCUUAGGCUACAACCUUGCCCUGGGGAUUGAAAGAUCCACUUGGUACAUAAUAUAAAGUAAAAUUAAUUUAUGAACAUUUAAACCAAGGAGAUAUCUAUUAUCAACAGUUUAAAUUGUUAUUAAAAUCUCAACAGUAUGUUGCCAUUUUUUAUUGACCAUUAUUUCCUAUUAAUUAAUAGUUUGUAAUAUUUAUUAGUUGUUAUUUAUUCUGUGAUAUUUUUUAAAAUUAUUGUAAGUUAUCAUUAAAAAAAGCAUCAAACAUUUCAAUGUUAUACUUAUUAUUAUGAAUUCUGUUGUCGAAAUUAAAUAUAAAUUUAAAAUUGUUCACUUUCAAAUAACAAAAAUAUUUAUAAAGUAUUUCAUAAACUUGCACAACCUUUUUGUAACACUUUGGUAUUAUUGGGU